GGAGCCAUGUCGGGGGCUCCGCGGGGCAGGGCCGGCGAGAAGCAGUGCUCAUGGGCUUCCUACAUGACCAACUCCCCGACGCUGAUCGUGAUGAUCGGGCUGCCUGCGCGGGGCAAGACCUACAUGUCCAAAAAGCUCACCCGCUACCUCAACUGGAUCGGGGUGCCCACCAAAGUGUUUAAUUUAGGGGUGUAUCGACGCGAGGCGGUGAAGUCCUACAAGUCCUAUGACUUCUUCAGGCACGACAACAAAGAGGCCAUGGAAAUCCGCAAACGCUGUGCCCUGGUGGCUCUGGAAGAUGUGAAGUCUUAUCUCUUGGAGGAGUGUGGGCAAAUCGCUGUGUUUGAUGCGACCAACACGACUCGAGAGAGACGGGACCUGAUCUUAAAUUUUGCUAAGGAAAAUGCUUUCAAGGUGUUUUUCGUGGAGUCUGUCUGUGAUGAUCCAGAGGUCAUCGCUGCCAAUAUCCUGGAGGUGAAAGUUUCCAGCCCCGACUACCCAGAGAGGCACCGGGAGAACGUGAUGGACGAUUUCCUGAAGAGGAUCGAGUGCUACAAGGUCACCUAUGAGCCUCUGGACCCGGAUGCUGAUGACAAAGAUCUUUCCUUCAUUAAAGUGAUCAACGUGGGCCAGCGGUUCCUGGUCAACCGAGUCCAGGAUUACAUCCAGAGUAAAAUCGUCUAUUACCUGAUGAACAUCCACGUCCAGCCGCGCACCAUCUACCUGUGCCGGCACGGGGAGAGCGAGUACAACCUCCUGGGCAAGAUUGGUGGGGACUCUGGUCUGUCAGCCCGAGGGAAACAGUUUUCCCAGGCGCUGAAGAAGUUCAUCGAGGAGCAGGAGAUCGUGGACCUGAAGGUGUGGACGAGCCAGCUGAAGAGGACAAUCCAGACAGCCGAGUCCCUGGGGGUGCUCUACGAGCAGUGGAAGAUCCUCAACGAGAUCGAUGCUGGGGUCUGUGAAGAAAUGACCUAUGCAGAAAUCGAAGCCAAGUAUCCAGAGGAGUUUGCCAUGAGGGAUCAGGAGAAGUAUCUUUAUCGUUAUCCUGGAGGGGAGUCCUACCAGGACUUGGUGCAGCGCCUGGAGCCGGUAAUUAUGGAGCUGGAAAGGCAAGGCAACGUCCUGGUUAUCUCCCACCAGGCAGUUAUGAGGUGCCUCCUGGCUUAUUUUCUUGACAAGAGUGCAGAUGAGCUGCCCUACCUGCGCUGCCCCCUCCACACCAUUCUCAAGCUCACACCUGUUGCCUAUGGCUGCAAAGUGGAGACAAUUACCCUGAAUGUGGAAGCAGUCAACACCCACAGGGACAAACCCUCCCUGAACUCAAAAAUGGCCACUCUGGCAGUGUAGGGGUUCCUGCUUUCCUUGGAUCCAGCUGGGAAUUCCAGGGCCAGGAGGAGCCGGGCAGCUGGGACUGGAGCAUCCCCGGAGCGCCGCGAGCCACCCUGGCCAGUACUCACCUUGAACUGGGACUUCAGAGCCUGUCCAUGUCCUUUCUUUCCAAAUGCUGGAAUGUCUGUCCACAGGGCUGGAGAAGAUUUAUUGUGGAGAUUUUUCCAAGCUGCUUUUAACACUCGUAAGCCAUCGCAUCCCCGGGUGUUGAAAUAGUGUCCCACGUCUUUCCUCCUGGCCAGGUGCCAAAAUUAACCACAGUGGGAGGACAAAAUAAUCAUGUUUUCACUCACUGAGGCAGCUUUUCUUUGGAAGAGGCAUUUCCAGGCCAAAUCCCCAAGCUUUUAUUUCUCUGUUACCAUCUCCAAGUUAUUUCCAAGUUCAAACUCAAUUUUUUCUGUUGUUCAGCCGCCCAGGGAGCUCCAGGUUUGGUUUGACUUUGCCUUCGUGAGUGCUGGUGUGAAUCCCCCCAAUCUGAGCCGGUUCCUUUGCCCUGGGAAGGUUUUUGCUUGGAUGUGACACCAGGCCAGCACAUCCAUCCCAUGGGCAGCCUCCUGUGAGGGACAGAUGGGAACAAACCCUGCUGCUCCUCUCUGGAGGCAGCACAGCUCCCAGUGCUUUAAAUCCCAUCUCAAUCCCUAUUUUAGCUUCUCAUCCCAGCCUAAACUUCAUCCCCUCACUCAUUUUUCCUGCAUUUUAUCCAUUUACCCCAGAAAAUGGGAUUAUGGCUGGGACCAGCAGGGCUCCUGGGCAGGGUUUGCAGGAAGCACAAGGUUUUUGCCAGUUUUUCUUUAUAAUACACCAAAUUUUAGGCCCACAAGAAGCUUUUAACUUGCCUAUGAAUAAGCUGUGAAUGUUCCCAACGCUGCCUUUCAUAGUUUUAAGCUGUUGUAGAGUUUAGAGCACAGGUGGUGCAGCUCUGUGUGGCUGUGUCUUAACUUAAAUCCUGUCCUUAAAUACCCACCAAACCCCAAAUUUUCAGUUCUCUCCCACAAGUCUUGACUUGUGUUUUGCCAAACUCCAUUUCACCCCACUCCAGCUGUUCUUGCAAUAAGGGCAGGACCCUCGUGGUGGGUGAAGAAAGGAACAUUUGGGUACAGAGCAGGAGGCUGUUCUGGACUUGCUGUUCCCAGGUGACUCCAGGAUUUAUCUGAGCAAUUAAAAAUAAGUUGCUUUUUUUAAAUGUGUAAAUAAUUUCACAGCAGGGAAACCGUGACCUGGCUGUGGAGGAGCUCAGCAGCCCCAGAGCUUGAGGCUUACCUGGGCAUUUUGAGCUCAAACUUGGUUGUUUUAAACACUCCCAGAGUUGUAAUUCGAUAAAACUGAGAUAGAGAGGACCAAGGCACUAAUGUGGACCCCUCAGGAUUUCCGAGGAGCAGAAAAAUGUGUUGAUCUAAAGCAAUUGUGCCACAGAGGAGUGAAAUUUGGUGGUGAGAAACUGAGUUUUUAUUAGUUUUUCUUCUCAGGGUUUUUACCCCAGGUCUGAUCUUGGGUUUUAAAUGUUCUUGUGCUUAGAAAUAAACAAGAAAAAAAAAAAUAAAUGUUGAAGGAAGAGGUUUAGAGCCUGUCCAUGGCAGUCCUCACUGUCACACUCCAAAAUGCUCUGAACGCACAAACCUGUCCUUGUCAGGCCAGCUCCUCCAACCAAACCCCUCCUGCUCUGUGGAAAAAGGAGUGGAAAAUGUACUGUAGGUUGUUUACGCACAAAAAUGCUGGGAUAACUUGCUGAAGAGUUUAUGUUCAUAUCACUGAGCAGUAAAUGAUUGUAAGGAGACAAAAAUAAUCUAUAUUUUUACCUGCUGGGAUUUGUGAAUGUCACUGUUGACGUGUUGGUGGUUGUGAUUUUUUUUUUUAAUCAUUGCUGAAAAUCGGAUGUUUUGCAGUUUGGAUCAGUGGCUGGGGGUCCCUUUUGGGGCUGUGAGAUGGAAUUUUAUCCUUCUCUGCAGCAUUUGUGCCUCAGUGCUUUAAUUAAAGCUUUUUCCUCCUGCAUUUAGCCUUGGAGAGGUUGUAAGCAAACAUGUCUGGAGCAGAGCAGCAGCAGAUUUGGGAGCAGAUCAUCACCCUGAGGGUCCUGCUGAGCCCUUGGGGGUGCAGGGCUGGGGUGAUGCCAGGGGUUUCCUUGAAACCACCUGACUUCCUUGGCACUGGGCGUGCAAACAUCCCAGAAUAAACAAAUGUUGUGCAACAGGGUUUUUGAGCUGUUUCUGGUGGAACAGAAACAGCAGCUCGGGCU